CUCCUCUUCCGUCCUCCUGCCUCACCAUCCUCCCGAACGCCGAAUUCUCUCCGCAUUCGAUUCACCUGUCACAAUGUCUCUCCUCGGAAAGAAGUUCCCCGGCGCUAUGGCCAAGCCUAUGACUCCCUUCUUCGCUGCCGGCCUCAUUGUGCUCUACGGUGUCAACUCUCUCCAGAACGCUCUGUCCAACACCGCUCAGUUCCAGAACGACCCCCGUAACCCCAACGCUAAGCCCGCUGGCAAGGCUGACCACUAAAUUGGGUCGACGAUGAAUGCAUUUUGAGGUCCCAU